AUGGGCUUCUUCUCGGUCUUGCUUUCGCUCUACCUCCUGUCUGGCGCAUCUGCCGGUCCGGUGGUCAGAUCCUCCAAGCAGAACUCCUCGUCCUGCGACAGUGUCAACCAGGGAUACAAUUGCUUCUCCGAGAUCUCGCAUCUCUGGGGUCAAUACUCCCCUUACUUCGCUGUCAAAGAUGAGUCGUCCAUCUCCCCCGAUAUCCCUAAGGGUUGCCACGUCACCUUCGCACAAGUGAUCUCCCGCCACGGUGCGCGGUAUCCCACCGCGUCCAAGUCCGCAAAAUAUGCCAAGGUGAUUGCGAAGAUCCAAGCUGGCGCGACAUCUUACAAAGGGAAAUAUGCGUUCCUCGAGACCUACAACUACACCUUGGGGUCGGAUGACCUGACUUCCUUCGGAGAGCAGCAAAUGGUGGACUCGGGAAUCCAGUUCUAUCAGCGCUAUGCAUCUCUAGCGAAGGACGCGCUUCCCUUCGUUCGUGCCUCUGGGUCAAGCCGGGUGAUUGCUUCCGGCAAUAAGUUUAUCCAAGGCUUUCAGGACACCAAGCUCAAUGACACCCGGGCCUUGCCCGGUCAGCUUGCGCCUUAUGUCAAUGUGGUGAUCUCGGAAAACGCCAAUGCCAACAACUCCUUGGACCCCAGCACUUGCACGGUCUUUGAGGACAGCGAGCUGGGUGACGAUGUGGCCGCCAACUUUACUGCCAUUUUCACACCGCCCAUUUUGAAACGGCUGGAGACGAACCUCCCGGGCGUGAACCUCACGGAGAAAGAGGUCGUCUACCUCAUGGACAUGUGCUCCUUCGACACCAUCGCGCAAUCGAAGCCCGAGACUCAGCUCUCCCCUUUCUGUGACCUCUUCACUCACGAGGAAUGGGAGCAGUACAACUACCUCCGCUCCUUGGAGAAGUACUACGGGUACGGUGCGGGGAACCCCCUGGGCCCGAGUCGGGGUGUCGGAUUCACCAACGAGCUGAUUGCUCGUCUGACACAUACCGCUGUUCACGAUGAGACCAGUACCAACCGCACUCUGGACUCGAACCCUGCCACGUUUCCCUUGAACUAUACCCUCUACGCGGACUUCACGCACGACAACGGGAUGAUACCUAUUUUCUUUGCCCUGGGUCUGUACAAUGGCACUAAGCCCCUGUCCAAGACGACGGUGGAGUCCACGAAGGAGACCGAUGGGUUCUCUUCCGCAUGGACCGUGCCAUUCGGUGCGCGAGCCUACGUUGAGAUGAUGCAGUGUGAGGCUCAGCCGGAGCCUCUUGUGCGGGUGCUGGUCAAUGACCGUGUGGUUCCGCUGCACGGCUGUUCCGUUGACAAGCUGGGUAGAUGCCGGCGGGAUGACUUCGUUCGGGGAUUGAGCUUUGCUAGAUCUGGUGGGAACUGGGACCAAUGUUUUGCUUAA